AUGAGUAACUUUGAUGGGUAUAUAAGGGAGUUUGUAGGUAUUGGGGUAGAUAAAUUUAAUAUUAAUGCUAAUAUUUUUCUUUUAACUCAUUGUCAUGCUGAUCAUUUAGUAGGAUUAUCAGCCGCGUCCUUUAAGGGUGAAGUAUAUUGUACUAAGGCUACUAAGUCAUUACUUGAAUUACAGAAUAAUUAUAAACAUAUUAUACCUUAUUUGAUUCCUGUACCAUUUAAUUGUCCAAUUGAAAUAUAUUUGGAUAAUAAUAAAAUCAUGAUUUCUUUAAUUCCAGCUUAUCAUUGUCCAGGAGCAUGUAUGUUCUUGAUUGAAAGUAAUUCUUCAUCGGUUCUAGUUACAGGUGACUUGAGAAUAUCAAAUUUGUGGUUAGAAGGAUUGAACUCUAAUCCAUUAAUAAGUUCGUAUAUUUUUGGAACAAAGAAACUUGAUAAUGUAUAUUUAGAUACUACAUUUGCAUAUAGAGGUGAACCAUUUAUUGAAAUUAAUAGUAAUAAUGAUGGAAUACAAAUAGCCAUAGAUAUGAUAAAGGAAUACCCUAAAAACGAUCCUCAACUUUGUUUCAAUUUUUUAGAUCAUGUUUUAGGGUUUGAAGAAGCUUGGGCUCAUAUAGUACAUGCAUUUGAUGGUAGACUAAUUGUCAGUGAUGAAAUAAAGAGGAUAAUUCAUACAAUUCGAAUGGAUGAAAAUAUAACUUAUUCGGAAUUGUUAGACAAGUUAGUAAACAAGCAAACAGCCACAGGUCCUUUAUUUAAGGUAGCUCAAGGUGAUAAAGAUGUAUUUCAGAUUAACAUAAAGCAGUGCAUAGAUUUCAAUAUAGUCGAUUUCACUGGAGUCUUUUUACCAAUACCCAUAACAUACGUAAAUAAUGAAGAUCUUGAACACAUAUUCACUACAACUAUGGGUAACCAAAUCUUCAAGUAUAAGAAUCGACCUUGGAUAUUGCCUAAGGGAGGGUCUGAACUUCUACCUAGUGAAAUAAAGCUUUUAUUUUCAAGACAUUCUUCAUACCUGGAGUGCAGACAUUUAAUCCGACUUCUUAAGCCCAAGCAAGUUUUUCCUUGUGUUUCGUCAAGGAAGCUUUGGAAUAAUGGAUUUUCAAUGUACAGGUUAUUUGGUGAUAUUUGUAAUACAGAUAAGCUUUCUUUUACUUAUGAUGUGUCUAUGUUUAAGCAGUUUGGUUUUCCAUCAGAAGCAAUAAACAAUCGCCCAGUAUCUAUUAUAGAUAGAUGGAACUUUGAAGAUUGUGCCAAUGAAUUAAAUCUCGUAAGAGAUUAUAUUAAUCAUAAAGGUGACAAAACAUCGAUACUUAAAGGUCAAUUAUAUAGAUCAGAAGGACAGUAUAUAGAAGAUAAAUCAUCCUUGAGAAUUGCAAGAGCUAAGGACUAUCGAUUACAGACACUAAUAGCGGGACGAGCAGAAUCACAUUACAGACAAAUGAUUAGGAAACAUCAAGAAAACUUUCAAAAUAAGAUUGAUAUGUUAUGGAAGUCACCUUCUGGAGGAGCUUAUGGGAUAGAUUCUGAUCUGGAUGAGAGUCAAGAUUAUCUGAGUCUAUCAGAAUCAGAAGAAGAUUCACCCACUACUAGUAUUGAGCUUAAUAAUAUGAAAGUAGAUCAGAUUGCUACUGAUUUGAUUCAAGAUCCUACGUAUUGGUUUAAUAUUAACCUUCAAAGUAUAACAUCCAAAACCAAAGGUACUAAUAUCUAA